CCGCGUACCGGACCCCGAUGAUGCUGAGAUGUCUUCGAUUAUGGAAAAGGACUCCGACGAGGAUGGGAUUCGAACCCACGCGUGCAGAGCACAAUGGAUUAGCAGUCCAUCGCCUUAACCACUCGGCCACCUCGUCAAGUAUCCCCUAUGCAAGACAAUUUUGUUCCUCACCGUCAGUGUUAAACCUCAGACUAAAGAUGGUCGACUCCCAGUUCUACCUCCCAAAUGACAUCGGUGUCUGUGCUCUUGACUGCGGCGAAGCCUUUCGUUUGCUUUCCCCUCACGAGAAGAUGUACGCCCACUACCUAUCACGCGCCGCAUGGUACGGUGGUCUGGCAGUGCUGCUGCAGACAUCCAUAGAGUCGGCAGAUAUCUUUGUCUUGCUGCAGAGAAUCUUCAGGAAGCAGACGCCUGCAGAGCUGGAGCAGGUCGCCACAGCAGCUGGACUCAGCUCUGAGGAGUACCAGGCACUCUUGGUGUAUGCAGCUGGUCUGUAUGCCAACAUGGGAAACUACAAGUCUUUUGGAGACACUAAGUUCAUUCCAAAUCUACCCAAGGACAAGCUGCAAGCUCUGGUGAAGGCCAGCCAGGCAUUUAAGGACCAGCCCACUGAGAUGGAGGCUCUGUGGGACAGCUGCUCGUGUCUCCUCUACUCCCUGGAAGACAGACAGAAACAACUGGGGCUGGGCGACAAGGGAAUUACCACCUACUUCUCAGGGAACUGCUGCCUAGAGGAUGCUGAGCUGGCUCAGAAGUUUCUUGAUUCUAAAAAACUGUCGGCCUACAACACCCGUCUGUUUAAGAGGGACAACGGAGGUAAAGCCUGCUAUGAGGUGCGCCUGGCCUCAGCUGUGCAGAAAGACUGCGCAGUGGAGGGGGAAAGCGAGUCAUGCUGUGGCAGCUUCAACUUUGAAGACAAAGAGUUCACUGUGAAGAGGGGAGACUAUGCUCCUCUCAUGGAGAAAGUCUCUUACUACCUCCAAAAAGCACAGGCCUAUGUCGCCAAUGAGAACCAGAGAAAGAUGCUGAAGGAAUACACUCGCAGCUUCACCCUUGGCUCAGUCGAAGCCCAUAAAGAGGGCUCGCGCUACUGGAUCAAAGACAAGGGACCAAUUGUUGAGAGUUAUAUAGGUUUCAUUGAGAGCUACAGAGACCCAUUUGGCUCCAGAGGAGAGUUUGAAGGUUUCAUUGCGGUUGUGAACAAGGCGAUGAGUGAGCGUUUUACCAAACUGGUAGACUCGGCAGAAGUCUUACUCCCUGAGCUGCCUUGGCCGAAGGAGUUUGAGAAGGACACUUUCCUCAAACCCGACUUCACUUCUCUGGAUGUUCUCACCUUCGCUGGGAGCGGAAUACCAGCUGGCAUCAACAUCCCCAACUAUUAUGACAUCAGACAGACCGAGGGCUUUAAAAACGUGUCACUGGGCAACGUGCUGUCUGUAGCCUAUGCUACAGAAAAAGAAAAACUCACCUUCCUGGAGGAGGAGGACAAGGAUUUGUUCAUCAAGUGGAAGGGCCCAUCAUUCGAGGUGCAGGUUGGACUUCAUGAGCUGUUGGGCCAUGGAAGUGGCAAGCUGUUAGUCCAGGAUGACAAAGGCAAAUUCAACUUUGACAAGACUAAGGUGAUAAACCCAGAGACUGGAGAACCGGUGUCCAGUUGGUAUCGGGGGAACGAGACGUGGGACAGUAAAUUCUCCACGAUUGCUUCCUCUUACGAAGAAUGCCGCGCUGAGUGUGUCGGACUCUAUCUGUGUCUCAACAAGCAAGUGCUCAGUAUUUUUGGCCAUGAGGGCCAGGAUGCAGAGGAUGUGGUGUAUGUCAACUGGCUGAGCAUGGUCAGAGCUGGACUGUUAGGCCUGGAGUUCUACACAACUGAGAGCAAGAGCUGGAGACAGGCUCACAUGCAGGCUCGUUUCGUGAUCCUGCGUGUCCUGCUGGAGGCCGGGGAGGGCCUGGUGGGCCUGGAGGAGGUGGCGGGACAGGACGGCAAGACAGACGCUCGGAUCACACUGGACAGAAGCAAGAUCCACACAGUGGGCAAGGACGCCAUCCACAGGUUCCUCCGUAAACUGCAGAUCUUAAAAGCAACAGCAGAUGUGGAAGGAGGCAGGGCUCUCUAUGACUGCUACUCCACUGUCAGCGACAGCGGUGCUCACAACUUCUUGCGUCUCCGGGAGACGGUACUGCUGAGGAAGGAAGCUCGUAAGAUGUUUGUCCAGGCCAACACCAGAGUCAAUGGGGACAGCGUAGAGCUGGUGGAAUACGAAGGCAGCGCGGCAGGUUUGAUUCGCUCCUUCACUGAGCGCUUCCAAGACGACUCAGAGCAGCUAGAGGCCGACCUUUUGGACCUGUGCAAAAGAGACGCCCCCUGCUGGUGUUGAUGGAUGAAUGAUCUGCUCCAUGCGCUUCAAAAAAUACCAACUUUUGUUUUAACAGUAUGUGAGAGCAAAUUGAUUCUUGGCACACAAAACUGCAAAAUGAUCCAAAUCCUUUUAGAAGACACUUCUGAAGGGACUAUAUUAAAGUUUCAUACAAUACUAUAAAGCCAUAACACAUCUGCCAAAGACGCCAGCCACAGUUUUUCACAACUCCGAUCCAAUGUCAGGUGCUGCCUUUGAUAACGCGAUCAUAUACAAAUAAAGAAGCUGAUACAACACAGUCACUCUUUGAUGUGCAUGUAGGACACAUAUUUUUCUUAAGAGAAGUAUUAACAACUGUCCAUUAAACCAAUGCUGCUUGACAAUAAAAAUGGUCCCUGGGUAUAAACGUGUACGCAAGUGACUGGAGGUAGGUUUCACUUUCUAAUCAUGGCACGGUCUGAAUUUGACUUCAAAACUUCACAAAAUGAUCGUCGUGACAUGUUCUGUCUGUACUCAAAUGUCCAUGAAUGGAUUUUCAAAGUCUAUUUGUGGCUAAAGAUGAUUCCAUCUUUACAGCUUGUCAUUUAGGUUAAGUGUUUGUCCAUCCUUGGCGUUGACGAGUUGACAGGUUAGGACUGUCAGCUGCCGUGACAGCUUAAUGUUGAGUGAAAUACAAAAUAAUAAACAAUUUGCCCGGUUUGGUAUAAGGAAGUCAUGGCUGAUUACUUAGUAUAAAAUCUUGCUGUGUCUGGAAGGCAUAAAAAAACACUGUAUGUAAGAAAUGUGGUGUUGAAUCUGGAUAAAUAAAAUGUGUUUGAUAUC